AUGCCAGAUAGUUCUGUCGCCGUAGCCGCAAAUGCAGGCAAAAAAGCAAAAGUAAGCAACUUUCCUCCGGUGACUCUUGAAAACAUCGCCAAGUUCCGAGAAGAAGCCAGAAAAAAUAAUGAUCCUCGUAUGCUACUUGAUCUCGCCAAAUAUCUUCUUGAGGCAGUUCCUCUUGUGUGCGUCAAUGACACGGAUGUAAAGCGCGCAAAGAAAGUGAGAGAAGCAAUGGUCUUGGAAGCACAAAAGAUUGUUAGAAAGUUGGCAACUCAAGGCAAUUUUGGAAAAUCUGGUUAUGCUGAAGCACAGUUUUAUUUGGGAAAUGCUUAUACAGGUGGGCUUAUGGGAUUACCUAUUGAUGCUGAAAAGGCCUUUGGAUCUUACAUUCAAGGUUCAAAGCAGAAUCAUCCAGGUUGCACAUAUCGUACGGCUGUGUGCUAUGAGGUUGGGGCGGGUACCAAACGUGAUAAGUCCCACGCUAUUCAAUUCUUUCGAAAGGCGGCCAAUCUCGGUGACCCAUCUGCUAUGUACAAGCUUGGAAUGAUUCUUAUACAAGGCCAUAUUGGGCAGACCAAGAACCCUCGAGAAGGUAUCUCAUGGCUGAAGAAAGCUGCCGCAUUUGCAGACGAAGAUCACCCUCAUGCACUCCAUGAGUUGGGUAUAGCCUAUGAAAAGGAAGGAAUCCCAUCGGUCAUUCCCGAUGUUAAUUAUUCGCGAGAUCUAUUUACACAAGCUGCUCAAAAUGGUUACGCUCCAUCUCAGUUCAAACUUGGAUUAGCGUAUGAACAUGGCUAUCUGAACUGCCCCGUCGAUCCUCGCCGGUCAAUCGCAUGGUACUCCAAGGCAGCCGAGCAGGGUAACAUGGAAGCUGCUUUAGCACUCUCGGGAUGGUAUCUGACUGGUGCGGAUGGAAUCUUACAGCAGAGUGACUCGGAAUGUUACUUGUGGGCACGUAAAGCAGCCGAUCACGGCUUUUCCAAAGCAGAAUAUGCUGUCGGCUAUUACACCGAGUCGGGUAUUGGUGUCCGCCAACAUAUUGAUGAGGCUAAGAAAUGGUAUAUGCGUGCUGCCGCCCAAGGAAACAGGCGCGCAAUGCAACGUUUGACUGAGUUGAAAAACAAUGGUGCAUCUAGACCUCAGCAGCGACAAAAUCAUACUCGUGGACCAAAUGGAGUCCCAGCCAGCAAGGACUCAGACUGUAGCAUAAUGUAACCAACUCUAAACAUCUCUCAUAUUUGAAUGUUUCUACCUUACUAUAACUUAUAUUACUGAUAGUACACUCCCUUUAAUUACUUAUACACUUGAUAUUAAAAUCUCAUGAUUGAUUCUCUUUCUUGAUUCUGCUCUAUAAAGCCAUCUAUCUAAAUAC